AUGACUUUAGACAUCUCCAAAAUGAUCAGCAAGCCAGCUCAGAAAGUUGAAGCUGGUGACAAGAAAACGAAACUUUCCACCACUGCGUCGCUGCCGAAGGCAAUUGAAAAGAAGCUAAAUAAAGAUGUACAGGUCCAACGAUUUGAAGAUUUAUGGAAAACCACAGGCACCCACUUGUUGCUGAACGUACCCAGCAACGACGACAAGAACAGCAUAGUUCCAGGCUCCAAAGUGAAAAUUGCCGCUUUUGACAUGGACGACACCAUAAUCACCACAAAGUCAGGACGGAAGUUCGGCACUGGUCCAUUUGAUUGGAAAUGGUGCGGGACAGGCAACGUAGUGCCGGAAACAUUGGCCAACUACUACAAGCAGGGCUAUGUGAUUGCCGUUUUCACCAACCAGGGCUCGCUAAUAACCACCCCCGGAAGCAAGUCGCUCUCGAAUAUCAAGACGAAAGUCGGCGGGUGGAGGAAAAACUUGUUGGACGAGUUUGGCGUUGACAAGAUAUAUGUAUUUGCAUCGCCGCGCAAGCCAGCAAAGGGGCCCUCCUCGAGUGAAGAACAGCAUACUUUUACGAGGAAACCCGAGAUUGGCAUGUGGAAGGCGUUGGAGGAUACGCUUUCCCAGCGGGGCGCCACUAUAGACUAUGACAAUAGUUUCUUUGUUGGCGAUGCGGCUGGGCGCAAAGGUGAUCAUCUGGAUGUGGAUUUGGGCUUUGCCAAGAAUGCCGGUGUCAAGUAUUUCACACCGGAGGAAGCUUUUCUGUCAAAGUGA